UUCACCCACGUGCACGUGACCCGUGCUAAAGCUAGUUAGCUGACCUGUCACCUUACAGCCAAUGGCUACUCAUUACUUAGCAGCUAGAACAACACAUAGAAUAAACUCCGGCUUUUUAACAUUGCCGUAUCAUUUGUGACAUGUUCCAAUGACAGCAAUUUCCCCUCCCGACGGGCAGUAGAUGAGGUUUAACCUCUUUAUUUGUGAAGACAUGACUACUGUCAAACAAGAAGGUAAAGACACCGUUAUAUUUGUCACCAAAGAGGAUCAUGCAACGCCCAGCAAUGCUGAGCUUGUAGAAGAAGACCCCAACGAUCCUUAUGAGGAGCGAGGUUUGAUUCUUCCCAGUGGCGACAUUAACUGGAACUGCCCUUGCCUGGGCGGGAUGGCCAGUGGUCCCUGUGGGAUCGACUUUAAGGAGGCCUUCUCGUGUUUCCACUACAGUAAAGAAGAGGUGAAAGGCUCCGAGUGCCUGGAUCAGUUCACGGCCAUGCAGGAGUGCAUGCAGCGCUACCCGGAGCUCUACCCGCAAGAAGACGACAAGGUCCCGGAUGGAGAGCAGCGCAUGGAAGAAACACCCGGUGACUCUAAGUCCACAUCUGACACUGUGCAGGACUGUGAUGGCACGAAGCCCAGUAGCUCGCUAGAAAGCUAACAACAUGUUUGCAAAUGCAUGUUCAUGUGUGAGACUUUGUCAAGAUGUGCUUUACUGAUGCAAAUCUUAAGGGCGUACUUACACGACGAUGCCGUGCAGUCCGUUUCUGGGCCCCUCUCGUGAAAAUCAACGACCGCUACAAAAAGAUAUACAAUCACGACUCCAGAUAAUAAUCAAUGAAGUAAUAAGAAUGGCUCUAUGAAAGUUAAAGUCCCAACAAUAGUCACACAGACACUACGGCGUGGUGCAGUGGAAGAGUGGCCGUGCGCAACCCGAGGGUCCCUGGUUCAAUUCCCACCUAGUACCAACCUCGUCACGUCUGUUGUGUCCUGAGCAAGACACUUCACCCUUGCUCCUGAUGGGUGCUGGUUAGCGCCUUGCAUGGCAGCUCCCUCCAUCAGUGUGUGAAUGUGUGUGUAAAUGUGGAAGUACUCUCAAAGCGCUUUGAGUACCUUGAAGGUAGAAAAGCGCUAUACAAGUACAACCCAUUUAUCAUUUAUUUAUUUAUCACUAGGUGUGGGGAAAUUACCAUCUGCAUUUGAUCCAUUCCCUUGUUCCACCCUUGGGAGGUGAGGGGAGCAGUGGGCAGCAGCGGUGGGCACGCUCGGGAAUCAUUUUGGCGAUUUAGCCCCCAAUUCCAUCCCUUGAUGCUUAGUGCCAAGCAGGGAGGUCAUGGGUCCCAUUUUUAUAGUCUUUGGUAUGGCUCGGCCGGGGUUUGAACUCUCAACCUACCAAUCUCAGGGCGAACACUCUAACCACAAGGCCACUGAGCAGGAUUAUUAUUAUUAAUACAUUAUUACAGUAGAAAUGAAUGCAAUAUGGACAGAGGGGUUAGUGCGCCUGCCUCACAAUACAAAGGUCCUUAGUAGUCCUGGGUUCAAUCCCAGGCUAGGGAUCUUUCUGUGUGGAGUUUGCAUGUUCUCCCCAUGACUGCGUAGGUUCAGUCCGGGUACUCCGGCUUCCUCCCACCUCCAAAGACAUUCACCUGGGGAUAGGUUGAUUGGCAGCACUACAUUAGCCCUAGUGUGAGUGUGAAUGUUGUCUGUCUAUCUGUGUUGGCACUGCGAUGGGGUGGAGACUUGUCCAGAGUGUACCCUGCCUUCCGCCCGAUUAUAGCUGAGAUAGGCUCCAGCACCCCCCAAGACCCUGAAGGGAAUAAGCGUUAGAAAAUGGAUGGAUGGAUGAAUGCAAUAUUAAAGGCCUACUGAAAUGAGAUUUUCUUAUUUAAACGGGGAUAGCAGGUCCAUUCUAUGUGUCAUACUUGAUCAUUUUGCGAUAUUGCCAUAUUUUUGCUGAAAGGAUUUACUGUAGUAGAGAACAUCGAUGAUAAAGUUUGCAACUUUUGGUCGCUAAUAAAAAGCCUUGCCUGUACCGGAAGUAGCAGACGAUGUGCGCGUGACGUCACGGAUUGUGGAGCUCCUCACAUCUGAACUUUGUGUACAAUCAAGGCCACCAGCAGCGAGAGCGAUUCGGACCGAGAAAACGACGAUUUCCCCAUUAAUUUGAGCGAGGAUGAAAGAUUCGUGGAUGAGGAAAGUUAGAGUGAAUAAUAAAGAAGAAGAAAAAGACAGGGCAGUGGGAGCGAUUCAGAUGUUAUUAGACACAUUUACUAGGAUAAUUCGGGAGAAUCCCUUAUCUGCUUAUUGUGUUACUAUUGUUGUAGUGAGAUUAUACCGUCUUACCUCCCGCCAGUGUCUCAGAGGGAAGCCACGCAGCUGCCUCUUUGACAGGUGCACAACGGGGAACGACGCAAGCGCCGCUCAUGUCUACGAUUAGAGCCGACUUAUUACCACAAAUUUCUCACCGAAACCUACCGGUUGACAUGUGUUGGGGAACCAUGUUCGCUUGACCGCUCUGUUCCAUAGUAAAGCUUCACCUUCGGGAAUGUAAAAAAGGAAACACCGGCUGUGUUUGUGUUGCUAAAGGCAGCUGCAAUACACCGCUUCCCAAAUACAUCUUUCUUCUUUGACGUCACCUUUAUUAAUUGAACAAAUUGCAAAAGAUUCAGCAACACAGAUGUCCAGAAUACUGUGUAAUUAUGCGAUUCAAGCAGACUACUUAUAGCUGGGAUUGGGCUGGAAAAAAAUGUCCGCUACAACCCGAGACGUCACGCGCACGCGUUAUACUGACAUUUUCAAUACUUUGCGUGAAAUUUAAAAUUGCAAUUUAGUUAACUAAAAAGGCUGUAUUGGCGUAUGUUGCAAUGUUAAUAUUUCAUCAUCGAUAUAUAAAUUAGGGUUUCAGUAGGCCUUUAACAUAUUAGCCCCACCGGUUUGCUGUCGCUCAUUAACACAGCGGGACUGUCACUCGCUUGUCGCUACAACUGUGUACAAUAGAUGUCAUAAUAUCUCCACUUCUUAGCAUACCUCAUACUGUAUGUACCUGUUCCACCAGAGAAUAAGAAGACCUAGCACAGGGGUAGGGAACCUAUGGCUCUAGAGCCAGAUGUGGCUCUUUUGAUGACUGCAUCUGGCUCUCUGAUAAAUCUGAGCUGACGUUGCUUAACACGAUAAGUAAUGAAUAAUUCCACUUGUAAUCACAGUGUUAAAAAUAAUGUUCAAAAUAUAAAUUAUUCUCAUGCAUUUUUAAUCCGUCCAUCCUUUUUGCUACGGCACCUGUUCAAGAAGUUGCGUCAAUGGUAAGAAGUUAUUUAUUUAUUAUUGGUUAGUGUGGGGCUUGCCCUCCUGGGGGUUCUUCAGACCACCAAGCACCGACACGAGAGCCUGUUUCAGGUUUACAAUAUUUUUUUAUUUUUCAAAAAAUAUCUCAGUUUUCCAGCAAUUGUAUUUCCAGCCCCAACCCCAUCUCUCCUCCUGGCUGCUGCGACAGGUGAUCAAAUAACAAGGCCCAGGUGGGCCAUCUACGUACCUGUUGCCGCAGGCCACGCCCCCUCCACAGUUAGCUUCAGAAUAACAAUGUUAUUACAAAGAAUAAGAGACUUAUUAUACUCCAGAAAUGUUGGUUUUACUUAAAAAUGCACACGUUUAGUUGUGUUCAGUGUUAAAAAAAAUAUUAUAUGGCUCUUACGGAAAUAUAUUUCAAAAUAUUUGGCUUUUUGGCUCCCUUAGCCAAAAAGGUUCCCGACCCCUGACCUAGCCGGAGGGAUCAGUGUUCCCAACUUAGCUCCUAUACAUGUUGUUUUUGUCAAAAUUGCGGGCAGCAGGUUUUACUGGUUUUAAUGCAAACUCUUAACAUGCCAGCAUGUAAAGCAGGUUAGCAGGUGCUAAUAUGGACCACCUCCCCCAUCUAAAGAGCACUCAACAAAAAAGAAAGCAAAGUUCAUUAGAAAUCCUAAACCUACUUAUUUUGCUUCUCAUCCCUCUUGCAGAGUCCAUGGCAAAGUGUGCUAAUUAGAACUCACACACACACACACGACUCCAAAUAAGAGAUCAAGCAGUCCACUACGAAAGAAGCCUAGAGACGUUUCCGUAAAAUUGAGAAAAAAAGGGAUGGCCGCAUGUGAGUACGCCCUCAAAGACGUCUUUUCUUGGCAAGAAACUCGUGAGAUGACCGAACAAGAUGUUGCUUUACAGUUAGUUGCGCUAAAUGCAUUUCAUGUACGCUGUUAGUCACCUUUUUUUACUGUUCAUAGUACUGCACUGCAAAGGGUUUCUACCGAUUCUAUUUCUCCUCACUUUGAUUUGUCAUCGUAACCACACACAGAGCAUUUAUACCUCAAUGACGUCUAAAUUACUCAAAUAAAUAUUGUUGGGCA